UAGAACAGAGAAGUGUAAUGGUAAAACGGAAGAAAGACUGUAAAGAGGACACCGAGUUCGCCUUUCUGCAAAUGAGGUAGUGACGUGGGUACUCUAUGAUCACUAGUAUGACACGAGCUCUCACAGCCUCAGUCAGCCUUACCGUUUCGCCGCUGCCUGGAAGUAGCACCGAAAUCAGUGACUGCGCAUCAGAGGUGUACUCGAAAGAUGAAGAAGGGGUGAGAAGAACGCGAGAAAGUGUAGCAAGGAAAACUGGAACAAUAAUUUCGCGUGUUUGUGAACUUCCACUGACUGUGGCGGAGAUUCACGUUGCAGUCACUCGGUAUUCACUGACAGAAGUGACUGCAAACCGGGAAGACCCUUGCAUAUGUCCAGCCCCGGCUUCCUCAACGCCGAUGGUAACCAUUAAGCAUGGGUAUUAUUUGUGUACAAUUAUAGAGAUAAAUAUUAGAAUGUAAUUCGGAAUAGUUCAGGGGAGCAGAGGCGCAGAAGAGCCACGAUGAAGUGUACAGUCUGUAGGAAUACACAUACUAAGUAUUAAACGACCAUCCCGACGUGGUUCUAGGGACGCUUCAUUCUUCUGAAUCAGUAACAGAAUGUGUGAUCCAGGUCACAUUCCCACCACUGAUAACACAUGUAUG